AUGCGGUUUUCAGAUCCCCUUGGAUCCGGAAAAGAGACUAGAGACGUUAUUCUCGAUGCCACCACUCCAGAUUCUUCCUCCAUAGAAACUCUUACUAGGAAGCCGUAUGGAAUCAACACAAGGAUACACGUUGCCAGAGACGGUUAUAAGAUACUCUCGGUAUGGGAUGGACAGAGUCUGCUCUGGAUCUCUGCCAAUGGCUAUUUAUGUGACCAUGUUUCAGUCGUUAGGUUCAGAGAGAAGAGUGGUCGUUCAACUAAAUAUGUGGCAAGACUAGUAGCCGUCUAUGCUAGUGAUGGUAACGGAGCAAGGAAGUCAUUCUACUAUGAAAAGGAUGGUGAGAAAUGGGAAACCAUUGAGGAAGAAAAGUUUUACAAGGGCUUUCAUCAUGAAGCUUCGAACCAAUCUCUACUAGGAACCCUAGUCUUGAAUAUAAAGGGGAUUCAUGACUCUAGAAGGUUCUGUGUAAACAGAUCGCCAGAAUUUCCAUUCCUUGUCUAUGCACCAAAUGUAGGAUACCGCAUUAAAAAGGUCCAAGCUGGGAGUGUUUUAUGGACAGCAGGUUCUGAAGAUCAAGGCUGUGCAUAUGCUUCCUUUUUUCCAAAGAAGGAUCCAAAAGUUGGUUACCUGAUCAUAGAGGGUAAGGAUGGUUUGCAGGAAAAGUUUUAUGCUAAAUCAGGUACCUUUGGAGGAUGGAAUGCUAGUACAAGAGAGGAAUACCUGAAAGGCUUAAUCGAUGCUGGAUUUGAUACCACCUUCAAUAAUCACAUCACAAUGGACAUUAGUAAUGUGGAUGGCAACAACUUCUACAUUAAAAUGGACCCCUUGGGCGAUUGUAAUAGAGAUACAUAUAUGCCAUCCAUUGGCUUUCAACUCAAGGAAGUAAAGGAUGGUGGAGUUACUCUCUGGAAAUCUCCUGAAUCAAGUGACGCUAAAUGCAGAUUUGUCUAUCUGUUUAUCAAGGGAGGCCCAUUGGCCCUCUUGCUUCUUGUAGACGAUCCGAAAAAUGGACGUCAUGUUUUAUACUUUAGAAAGGUUGGUAAGGAAUGGAAGGAGGUCCACAAGGAUGAGUACUAUGACCAUAUUGCAAGGGAGAAUGGUCUAGAUCCUUUACGAAGGCUUGAGAAUCAAAAGGUUGUCAUGAGUAGCUUUACAAAUAAGCAAGGUCUACGUAUUGCAACAUAUGCCUCCAGAGUUGAGAAUGCCAAGGGAAGUAUUGUGCUGGCCCAUGGUAUCCGUUCCCACUUCAAGAUAGACUUUUGUUCGCCUAAUUUGGAGUGGAAUUUUGAAAAGUUUGGAUUUCAACUUGUUCCAGAUCUUGAUGGAAUAUUCAUGAAAGGAAAUGCUCAAAAGAUCAAUUAUACCGCUAUGUACAAGUAUCUAUUUGAGCAUGCCAGACUAGAUGGAAUGGAUGCGUUUGAGGUGUUCCCUGUCUUUGAGUACAGGAAUAGUCUGGUAGAAUACUUUAAUGCGUCAGGCUAUAACGUAUUUGCUCUGGACCAUCAGUCUCAUGGCUUUUCUGAUGCCAUUUCCAAAUUCACUGCGUUUGUUAACGAUUACAAGGAUUACAUUUAUGAUCUCUUGCAAUUCAUUAGCAUUGUAAAGAGAGGUAAAUUUGGAGAUCCUAAUGAAAAGUGGGAUGAGAAGGUAGUCUUUAAGGGUCAUGCCACUGAUGGAAAGGUGUUCCUACUUGGAAACUCCAUGGGAGGCAACAUUGUCUUUCAAGCCGUUCAAGAAUUUCACGGUAAUGCUGAAAAGGGAGCAAAAUUCCUGGAUGGCCUCAUUUUAACCUCUGGAAUGUUUGAUGUAACAUCUAAGCUGAACACUUGGUGGAAGCGAUUGAUGAAAAAGAUGGCUAUGGUAAUUGUAUGGUUGUAUCCAGAAGACAUCAAUAGAUAUGAGCCACCCUAUGACUUUGGCAAACUCUUUGAACUCUUCAUAAGAUACAACGAUCCCUUCUUUUACAGCGAUAAACUGACUUAUAAGGCCACAAGUCUGGUUUUUGAUGCUUGUGAUGAUGUAAAGAAGCCUGAGAAUAUCACCAAUUAUCCAAAGGACUUGUCAACACUCUUUAUUCACGCAGGAGAUGAUACAAUAUGCAAUGUAAGGGGUACCAGGGAUAUGGCUGAGAAGCAUCUAAAGGAUCAUUCAGAUGUAACUGUGACAGAGUUCAAGGGAUUAACACACUUUUUGACUGUCCCCAAUUCCAUUGUGAUAACACAAAGGGCCUUUAAGGAAUGGUUGGAGAAACAUACUCCUUCAGCUACUAAUGCUAAUGCAGUUGAUAAGACGAAUAAUGUCGGUAAAAUGUAG